AUGGUAAAGGAUUUAGACUUUAUCGGUGAUAUAAAUGAUAGAUAUGCCGCACUGGAGUUAGAGUUACAGGAGAAGCUUGAAGCAGUCGAGAAACGAGAAAGUACCCUCGAUGCUAGUGAGAUGAAAAUCAAUAAAAAAAAUUACUCUAACAAAGCGGAAUCGACCAAUUUCUUGUUAGAAACAGCAAGGCAGAGAAAUUACGAGCUGUUGAAAUCGUUGGAAAUUUCUAAAGCAAGACUGCGAUCCCGUGCUACAUUUAGUCCACUGGAAGCAAUUCUUCAGAAGGCGAUUGGAAGUUAUCUAAAAGAAACAUCUCUCAUUCCAUGCAGUACCAAAAAAAUUUACGGACCGACGUAUGUUUAG